GAUGAGAGAGGAUUUGGUGGCUGACCUGGAGCUGUUUCUUGUGCCAGCUAGCACGUGUGUGGGGCUGCCACCCAUCCUACUCCCACACCCAGUAGACUGCCGAUACUUCAUCCAGUGUGCCCAGUCCGUGACGACCGUCCUGUCGUGUGGUCAGAACUUCUGCUUCAACGUCACAUCCCAGCAGUGUGACAUUUUGGCUACAGCGCUCUCUAGAGAUAUCAAAUACUGCACGGACACCCACACGCCAUUUGCGCCACACGGCGACAUGUGCGCCACAUUCGUCCAAUGUGGCCCGGACAAGGAGUCUGUCCGCUUCUGCCCGGAAGGUGAACUCUACGCGACCUCCGACCUCUGCACGGCAGACAUCAACCAAUCGUAUUGCUACAAUAAAACCCUGCACGCGAGAUACCUAUGCGGAGGUCAAGGCGUCGUGUGA